CAGACACAAGCCCGGGGGAAGAGGACUGUAUGUCGACAUGCCCGUGCGACAGAAAGAUGCUCGGCGAGCCUUGGAGCUUCUCCAGCAGUACCGGGCCAAGCUUGACCAGAGACAGCAGAACCAGGGCCGGACCAAGCAGGGCUUUGUGGAAGAAGACCACCAGCUGAAGCAGUCUCUGGACAGAGUCAUCACAGUCUUUCAGAGUCAGCUGUUUAGUGCUCUGCUUGACAUUCAGGAGUACUACGAGUUGACCAUCCAUGCAGACAACAAGUCUUCUGCUGACCUCACUGAUGGUCCCUGGAAACUUACUGAAUCCUUUAAUCUGCCAGUGGAACUCCCAGCUCAGCCAUCCCCUGGCCCCCUGAGCCCUCAAGCUUCUGGAGGAUCAUCCCUGCCAAAGCCCCUGACCCCUAAACCCAGGUCAAUCAAGUCCCCUGCCCCUCCAAUCCCAUCAUCAGCAUCCACCACAAAGCCAUCCCCCUCCCUAACACCAUCCGCGUCACCUCAGCCACAGCUAGCCAAAGUCAAGUACCGUGCUCCUCUUCCUCCUGUCCAACCUGGAGCCUCCAAACCAUCAGCAUCAGAGACUCCAAAGCCUACCUCUCCUUCUGCUGCCACGCCCCCUGGAGUCAGAGUAAAUGGUGUAGACAGUCCCUCAGGCUCUGUUAAAGCCUCUCCUGGAGUAUCCCAGAAUGGUACUAAACCUCGUCUCACUGCCACCAUCUCUGAUGUUUCCUCAGAAAGCUCCACCACCUCAGCCAAUCCACAAAGCCGUCCUGUGUCUUCAGACCUCAACCUGGUGACUGUCUCAGCCCUUGUCUCCAGCACCGUCCAAGGCCUUGUAUCUCCAACCACUCCAGAAAAACCUAAACGCACCAGCAUUACUCCCACAAGCCCGGGUAUCAAAAAAGUGCCAGAUACUGCCUCUACGACUCAGGCAAACAGCAAAGACCCAUGCACGGGGAAAGGCACCCCAAGCACGAGUCCAACCAGCCCGAGCCAGAAAUUCACUUUCAGCAGCCGCAGCAACACAGUUGCUCCAGGGCCUUUAACUAAGGGACCUCUUUUGAGUCCAACCAGCCCUGGGCCAGCAAAAGUCACGUCCAUGAGUCCAAGUCAAGGUCCAGCAAGCCCAAGGCCAGCAACAAGCCCCCUGACUCCCAACAAGGCCAACCCCCCUCCAGUGGUGGUCAACACCGACAGCGUCGACACCCCCCCAUAUGCCAAUGGAACAGAAGCAGACUAUGAGUAUGAGGAAAUCACGCUGGAGCGGGGUAACUCAGGUCUGGGGUUCAGCAUUGCGGGAGGGACUGAUAAUCCUCACAUCGGAGAAGAUCCUUCUAUCUUCAUCACUAAGAUUAUACCUGGAGGGGCUGCAGCCCAGAAUGGACGACUCAGGGUGAACGACUGUAUAGUCCGUGUCAAUGAGACGGACGUCAGUCAGGUGACACACAGUGGAGCUGUGGAGGCACUGAAGGAGGCAGGAGGUCUGGUCCGACUGUGUAUACGACGAAGGAGGAGCCUCACUGAGAGAAUCAUGGAUAUCAAGCUAGUCAAAGGGCCCAAAGGUUUGGGAUUUAGUAUAGCAGGUGGAGUUGGAAACCAACACGUCCCAGGUGACAACGGCAUCUAUGUGACGAAGAUCAUCGAGGGAGGGGCUGCACACAAAGAUGGACGGCUACAGAUAGGGGACAAACUUGUGGCAGUAAACGCCUCCUGUCUAGAGGAGGUCACCCAUGAGGAGGCAGUGGCUGCUCUUAAGUCCACUCCUGAUGUUGUUUACCUACGUGUGGCCAAACACACCUCCCUUUUUAUCAACGACAACUUCCCUCCGCCUGAUGUCACAAACUCGUACUCCCCACAUCAAGAUAACCAUAUAAAUCCCUACAUGGGCGGCAGCCAAUCAGUAAGCCCUGCUCCGCUGACCACGCCCAGAUAUUCACCGCUGCCCAGGGCCAUGGCUGGAGAUGAUGACAUCCCCAGGGAACCCAGGCGGGUGGUGCUCCAGCGGGGAUCCACAGGUCUUGGUUUUAAUAUUGUUGGAGGGGAGGAUGGAGAGGGAAUCUUCAUCUCCUUCAUUCUUGCUGGAGGUCCAGCUGAUCUCUGCGGGGAGCUACGAAAGGGAGACCGCAUUCUGUCGGUAAACGGUGUUGACCUGUCCAGUGCAACACAUGAGCAGGCAGCUGCAGCUCUGAAGAAUGCAGGAACCAACGUUACUAUAGUAGCACAGUACAGACCUGAGGAGUACAGUCGAUUCGAGGCCAAGAUCCAUGACCUGAGGGAACAGAUGAUGACCAGCAGUGUCAGCUCCAGCUCCACAUCUCUCCGCACCACGCAGAAACGCACACUCUACGUCAGAGCAUUAUUUGACUACGAUGGAAGCACGUCAGAUCUGAGCGCGCCCAGUCAGAUCCUUCCUUUCCAUUUCGGAGAUAUCCUCCAUGUGAGCAGUGCAGGAGAAGAAGAGUGGUGGCCUGCUCGUCACCUCAGCCCCCCGCCAAACUGCCCUGAAGUCGGAGUCAUCCCCAGUCGCAGGAGGGCAGAGAAGAAGGAGAGAUCAAGAUUAAAGACGGUCAAAGUGUCGAGGUCUCAGGACAGAUCGGAUCAGGAUGAUAAAGAGCUGGUAACCUCUGGCACCAGCGAUAGUGAAAGUAGUUCCUCUGGCCAGGAGGAGACCUUCCUUACCUACCAACCUGUCAUGCAACAGGAAGUCAAUUACACACGUCCAGUCAUCGUGCUUGGACCAAUGAAAGAUCGGGUCAACGAUGACCUCAUCUCCGAGUUCCCCGACAAGUUUGGAUCCUGUGUCCCACAUACAACUCGGCCGCGACGAGACUACGAAGUGGAUGGCAGAGAUUAUCACUUCAUGUCCUCCAGAGAGCUGAUGGAGCGGGAGAUCCAGGAACACAAGUUCAUCGAGGCGGGACAAUACAACAACCACCUGUAUGGAACCAGCAUACAGUCUGUGAGAGAAGUUGCUGAUAAGGGCAAACACUGCAUACUGGACGUAUCAGGGAAUGCCAUAAAGCGUCUCCAGAUUGCUGGCCUCCAUCCCAUCGCUAUCUUCAUUAGACCACGCAACAUAGACAAUAUCCUAGAGAUGAAUAAGCGUUUCACUGAGGAGCAAGCAAGGAAGACCUUCGACAGAGCUGUCAAACUUGAGCAGGAGUUCACAGAGUUCUUCACUGCUGUAGUCCAUGGCGCGUCUCUAGAGGAGGUGUACUCACAGGUGAAGCAGAUUAUCGAGGAGCAGUCUGGUCCUUACAUCUGGGUGCCCACGAAGGAGCGACUCUGAAUAAACAUGACAUGAUCAUGCACACACAUCACUCUUUAAACACUUCCUACUUCUUGAAUUUUCUAUUAUCAGCCUGCUUCCUCUCUCUGUCUGUCUUUACACACAAAUCACAACAGUAAACACACAUUUACACACACAUUUACACAAGCACAUAAAGUCUGAUGAGGCUGGGACUAUCUGGGACUGCGACUUCCUGAAGUGGGAGGAGCUAAAGUCUGUCCAGCAGCCUAUUGGUGGAUCUUCCUACAGCUCAGUUCCUUAAUGUUUAAGGAGGUGGUUUAAAUCAAGGCGACAUGUACCAUUAUCUGAUUUGAUUUCAUUAUUGUUCUUCUUAUUGUUGUUGUCGUUGUUGUUUUCAUAUUAACGAAGGGUAAUGCAUUCAUGUAUGGGUUUGUAAUGAUUAUAUUGUCACCAAGAGGCAGACUUUUGCACGCUGUAGCUUUAAGAGCAUGUUUUUGGGACAAAAUCUUGAUCUCCUUCCCCGUCUGUCCGUCUCUCUUCAUGACAUCGCUCCUGUUUCGAGAUUUUCCCUUUCUUUUUCUCUUUUCUGUCUCUCUUUCACAUCCCAUCGCUCCUUUCUCUUCUUCUCUUUAGACUGCCAGAAGACCUUUACAUAGGAGGUGAAAACUUAACAAUAAGCCCCAGCAUUUUGGAAUGAAGGGCCAAAAUAAAACUUUGUUAAAGUUUAUGUUUAGACGUGUAGCAAGAAAAUAGUCCUAAAUGCUUGUUAUUUCCCAUGACAAGCAAAAAUGUGAGUAGAUUAAGAAAUGAAGAUUGACACUCUGGACUUUCUAAGGUAAACAAAUAAAAAAAAAAAGCUUUUAAAGGUUUUAUAGUCCAAAUAGACCUCUCGGCCUGUAUUUAUCAAACUUGGAUUUACUAAAGAAAAACAGAAGUGAAAAAACUGCUUAUCACAAACUUAAAAAUAAACUGUAUCAAUCACUGAACGGUAGGGGUGUGAUGAGAUCUCGUGCCACAAGAUAUCUCAUUGAGUUUAAAUUCAUCUGAUGAGAUUAAUAUUCCACAGGUGCACAGAGCACCAGCUGUCAUGACAGAAUACAGUAGCACUGGAACUGGAAAUCACAAAGACUACAGAGAUGAUCCUGACACUCGAAAACUGUUGCCGUGGCAGCCAGUGAAGAAACAGAGCUGAUCCAUUCCUGUGACCUGUUCAGAUCGCCGCUCCAACACCUUCCUCUUCCUCUGGAAAAAGUGAAAUGUGAUUAAAGGAAAGGACAAGGUUGAAGAAUAAGAUAAUAAAUUUAUACUGCUUACAAACUCACAAACAAUAGAAUAGACUAGAAAGUGAAUAUUGCUGUAAACAGAUGAGCUAGACCAUAGAAAAAAGGUAAUAAAAGCAAUAAAAUUCAUAUUAUAGGUAUAAAUAAAAGCUGCUUGAGGGCCUGUAUCAAAUGAAUGGCACAUUUUUGCGCUGGCAACAUCCACAACCUCAGUUUCAGACCAUUUUUUCACCCAUGCUUAUUAUUGGUAGGUUACAAAAGUAGACCCCUGCUUUCCCUGGCAUUAUCCUUUAGGAUUGGUCAGAUUCCAUGUGUGUGUCAUCAAGCAGAGCCAUUCUGACAAGCCUCAACCCGAAAUGCUCAUUCUCAGUCCAAUCAGCAUCAUUUGAGGGCAAAGAGGUGGUAACUAAAGGCGUGGGUUAGUUUCAUUGCAAGCCAGUAAGCAAUGGUUGCUGGUGAAGACAUUAGCAUGGAUGUAGCUAUAUUGGCAGUUCAUCAGAGCUGAACAUUUAUUUGAUAGAAGAGGAAAGAUCAAUAUUGAGAACUUUUCUUAGCAGAAGAGUUGUUUUUGCUCUUCUUCUGGCCGGCUUUGUCAGGUCAAGCUGUGUCAGGUCAGUUGUCCUUAAAGUUGUUUUUGAAUAACUCAGUGUGCAUAGAAAUACUGUCCUAGCAAGAUAUUAUACCC